AGCGAGAGAGAGAGAGCUCGACGUGGCUAUGGCGAUCGAUACCUGCGGACCUCUGCACCCGUUGCGGAAGUGGAGUUCGAGGGAGUGAUCGCCAUGCCAACUUCGUCCUGCCUCGCUGACGCCGUCCUGCGCAACACGGAGCUCCUUCGCGGCAUCUUUGAAUUCCAAGACGGGCUCUAUGAAGAUGGCCUGGUGUUCCAGCACCUCCAUCCUGCGUCGGACGAGUACAAGACACUCACGCGGUACCAUCUCCUCGGCGAAUCCUUGACUCACUACGAUACGUCAUUGAUACCCAUCUUCGAACGCCUGGACGAAGUCCUCUCUCCUUGGUACGCCAUGCAUGGCUCGACUCGUGUGCUUCGCUUGGUUCGGUCGAUGCAGUACAUGCGUCUAAUGGUGCUUGUGCACGCUGCGUACUAUGGACUAACCGAGGUGAUGUCCCUGCUGCUGCACCACCCUCCUCCUCUUACGAAAAGUUCUUCGUCCUCGUCGCCGUUCUACUGCCAUGGGUUUCCCCAUCUGAUCGAUCUCUCCGCACUGAACGGUCAACUGCCCAUGCUCGAACUGCUGCAUUCGAACCCGACAUACAGCACCGCAUCGACCGACUCCAUGGAUUUGGCCGCGCGCAACGGUCACGUCGACGUUGUUCGCUUCCUCCAUUUCCAUCGAAACGAAGGUUGCUCGCACUUUGCCAUGCUCCACGCGGCCACGAAUGGACAUUUGAACGUUGUGGAAUUUCUCCACCAGUUCCGGCAUUUUGAUGGCGUUCCCGACACUGCGUUCGUGUCGGCCGCGGCCAACGGCCAUUUGGACGUUGUCCGAUUCUUCCACAAACACAACGUCCAUGGAUGCACAACCCGCGCGAUGGAUCUGGCCGCGCGGGGUGGCCAUUUGGCAGUCGUAACCUUUCUGCAUCACCAUCGGACGGAGGGAUGCACCACGUCCGCUAUGGACUUGGCGGCAAAGAAUGGCCAUAUCGAAGUGGUGACGUUUCUCCACCGGCAUCGCAAGGAAGGCUGUACGACCUUGGCGAUGGAUGGCGCCGUGUCGAAUGGCCAUUUGGAUGUGGUGCGAUUCUUGCAUCACAAACGCCACGAAGGCUGCACCAAGUACGCAAUGGACAACGCGGCCGAGCAUGGCCAUUUGAAUGUAUUGCGCUUUUUGCACGAACAUCGGACGGAAGGGUGCACGACGUCUGCAAUGGACAGGGCCGCGUCGUACGGCCGCCUCGAGGUGGUCGAGUUCCUCCACAACCACCGAACCGAAGGAUGUACCCCUCGCGCGUUGGAGAUCGCGGCGCGCAAUGGACAUUUAAAAGUUGUGCAAUUUCUUGCCUCCCAUCGCCACGAAGGGGACAUCCAGUCGUCGAUUCGGCACGCGACGCAGAACCACCACCGACAGAUCGUGGCAUAUUUGGAAGGGCUUAAUUAAGACGCGUCUUUAUGGAUUCUGAGAAGUCGAUCCGGUGCACAGAGAUUUGGGGCGUCGUGCCCGCUUGAUCCAAGAGGCGGCCACGGUUCCUGGUUCGAGUACACGUGAAAUACAUUCGACCAAACCUUCCACGUCGGUCUCAAGGGACUUCAAUGUCCCUUGGUGUGCUGUAGACCGACGAAAGGCGGGCAAACCAGACGAAAGACGGGUACACCAGACCCACCCAUCCGUAGUACGGGUUAGCCCCGUGCCAUGUGACUUGUAUGGCUGGUAGAGUUCAAGCUCAGUCCAGUUGGUGGCAGCCACCGGUGGCCACGUCCCGGUGUGGGCCAAGCGAUCGCCGCAUGUUCUGGCCAUUUCGCUCGAAU